AUGCCCAUGGGCAGCGAUAGUCAACAUAAGUUAAUGGAUCCAUGGCAAGGAGCUUUGCCCAAAAGUCGAGGAUAUAAGUGGGCUAUCUCUAUCUUGGCUUGGUGGUGUUCUUACGCAGUUGUCUUCGCGGGGCAUUUGCUUAAAAGCAAACUUUUUGGUUGCCGCACGAGCAUACUUCCAAAGAUAUGUAUCGCUACGGAAAUCUCCUUGCUAGUGUUUCAAGAGGACCUCUACGCUCAUUACGUACACGGACGUUUGAAGGAUGAUGAGCCUGAAAGGACUGUAAAAGACCCAAGUGCUUGUAGCAUAAGCAAAAAGUCUCUGAAAACCUCAUGUACGUCGUCAACCGCACGUAAACGGCAGUUGGAGUUGGAGGCUGCUAAAGCUAAGGCCGCUGUUGAUAUGGAACUAGCUGAAGCUGAAGCGGAAGCCAAGAUUAAUGCUGCGAAGAUUAAGGCAAAUAUUAAGUCCGAGCUGCUCAACAAAAAGCUAGCAGCCGAGAUGGCAGAGUUAGAGUCUACAUCACACCGUUCCACUUGCCGUGGCACUAUUUGUGAGAUAGAGGGCUGUAAUCAACCCCAUCAUCGUUUGCUGCACUGGAGUAAGCCACAAAAUGAAAAACCCGAAACUGAGAAUGAAGAGGAGGAUGAGCAUCCCAACCCUGAAACAGUGACUCAUAUGGUGGCAUCCCACUGUCACAAGGUGCUUUUGAAAGCGGUGCCGCUCACUCUUCACGGGCCCAACGGAAGUUUGCAUACGCAUGCCAUACUGGACGAUGGAGCGACCGUGACCUUGAUAUCAGCUGACAUCGCAGACGAGCUAGGAUUGCAGGGCGAGAACGUUAUUAUGCGCGCUCGCAGUGCAUGGGACUCAGGCGAGCUAGUGUGUGAGUCACAACGACCUACCUCGCCCACAUCGUGGUCCUUCGGCCGAAUCAUCACGUCGUCGACAAGCAAACCGGUAACAGAAAUGUUUCAUACGCCUGUUACGCCACGCAAGAAGAAGCGAACACGUGGCGGCGUUACGAGAUCGGAGUGUAAAAGGAACGAGCAGGAUGUUUUUCCUUCAUGUAGUUUGAAGGAUGAUGAGCCUGAAAGGACUGUAAAAGACCCAAGUGCUUGUAGCAUAAGCAAAAAGUCUCUGAAAACCUCAUGUACGUCGUCAACCGCACGUAAACGGCAGUUGGAGUUGGAGGCUGCUAAAGCUAAGGCCGCUGUUGAUAUGGAACUAGCUGAAGCUGAAGCGGAAGCCAAGAUUAAUGCUGCGAAGAUUAAGGCAAAUAUUAAGUCCGAGCUGCUCAACAAAAAGCUAGCAGCCGAGAUGGCAGAGUUAGAGUCUACAUCACACCGUUCCAGUAAGUCUGCUUCUCAAUCUACUAACAGCAAAGUAGAAGACUGGCUCGAUAAUACAGUGGGCCAGCAAGUGGAGCAUCAAGAAGAUUGCUGUCGUGACAGAUCCAGCAUUGAAAAGCUGGCAAAUGCCCUACCUUGCCGUGGCACUAUUUGUGAGAUAGAGGGCUGUAAUCAACCCCAUCAUCGUUUGCUGCACUGGAGUAAGCCACAAAAUGAAAAACCCGAAACUGAGAAUGAAGAGGAGGAUGAGCAUCCCAACCCUGAAACAGUGACUCAUAUGGUGGCAUCCCACUGUCACAAGGUGCUUUUGAAAGCGGUGCCGCUCACUCUUCACGGGCCCAACGGAAGUUUGCAUACGCAUGCCAUACUGGACGAUGGAGCGACCGUGACCUUGAUAUCAGCUGACAUCGCAGACGAGCUAGGAUUGCAGGGCGAGAACGUUAUUAUGCGCGCUCGCAGUGCAUGGGACUCAGGCGAGCUAGUGUGUAUUGUUGAAAGGGUUUACCCAGGCUCGGACGGCAGGGUUAGAGUAGUAGAUGUUAGAACUAGAAAUGACGAUGCUUCACAAUCUAGAUACUUGUCGGGUCCCCUGUCUACUUGUCGUGUGGCAUGCUCCACUCAAUUUAGGUCUAUCAUUAAGAAAUUGAUGGCAGCUGGACAGCAUACUUUAGAAAAAAGCAUCUCAAAGGAAGAUUUAAUAUCGAGAUUUUUAGCGGCCUUCUUUGAAAGAGCACUAGAUGGACUAAGCUGGGUGGCAAGUGAGCGAACAGUUUUGGAAAAACUUUUAGACAUCGAAACUUUAGUUCGAGAAGGUGGCAACACCAGCAUUCUUCUCUACGACGCAGACAGCUCGAAGCCUUCUUGUUUUACAGUAACGUGGUGGAGCAAUGAAUGGACAUUAGCCACAUUGGACUCGAUGAUAUUUGGGAUUGUGAUUUAUGUUUCUAACGAACCAGUGUACGCUGCAUUGGCUAAUUUAAUAGUAUGGCAGAUAACGAAAUCUACGGUAGCAUUGUGCGGAAAUAAAAAUAUAAAGUGUAAAAUGAACAUUGAAUCUUUU